AUGCUGGCUUUGAGUUGCAAGCGAUGGCUGAGUGAUGUAUGUGAAGUGAAAGGAUUAACCUUCGAUUAUCUACUGGAUAUGCGAGGAGAUGACCUCAUCGACAGGAGGAGCGACAGGUCGAAAGAGGCCACUGAUAAGAAUGGAGUUUGGCGACCGAUGUUGGAAAGUGUUAAUUUGCUCAAGCCUCGGACUUUCAUGAAUCGCUCUGGGUUAGCUGCCGGGCCAGCAUUAUCCGAUCUGAGGCUAAGAGCUGAUGAUAGAAACUCGGUCCUCGUUGUGUGUGAUGACUUGACUAUACCACUGGGACAACUGAGAAUGAAACCAGGUGGUAGUAGCGGUGGGCAGAACGGUUUGGACAGCAUCAUAAAAGUAACGCGUACGGAGGAGGUGGCACGUCUAAGGAUAGGCAUGGGGAAGAGAAUGAUAGGUGGCAGCUUGGAAAAGGUCAAACCUAGCUUAGCUCUGGGCAAGCUCAAUGCUGAGGAACAGGCUCUCUUUUAUGAGGUCUCCAAGUAUGCUGCACAGGUCAUCCGGGUUUGGCUCUUUCGUGGCUUCGAUUUAGCUGUCAACUUGGCGAACACUAUCAAGUUGGAUAGACGGGAUGAGAGGGCUUGA